CACACAGGAAAGAGAGAGAGCAAUAGAGAGAGAGCAAGAGAGAUUAUUGUUAUACCAGUCAGAGUUCUAGCAGCCAGUAGGCACUCCCUUUGUCUUUAUCUGCUGCUCAUUUUCUGCCACGCACAGGGCAAGUACAGAAGCUUAACAUGACCUCAAUGGCUGACACGAAUGGAACACUUGCAGCUAACGAGACUGUAAGUAGCUCCAGCAGCUCCGGGCAGGUUGACGCUUCAAGAGUUGUCCAAAUCAUAGCUACCCUGCUCAUCUUCCUGGUGGGCGUACCUCUGAAUGGGCUGGUGGUUUGGGCACUUGGAUUGCGGAGUCGUCGUCACCUGGUGCGCAGAGGCAGUGGCGAGGAGACGCGUGCUGCCAGCAGUUUCCGUGUCUACGUCCUGAACCUGGCAUUAGCUGAUCUGGUUCUGCUCCUGCGCAUCCCCCUCAUGUUGGGCUACCUCAUUCACAACUACAGCUGGCCGUUUGGUCGAGCCUUCUGCCACCUGAUUAUUUUCCUGCGAGGCCUUGGGCUGUACGCCUCCGCCUUCCUCCUCUGUGCUGUGGCUCUGGAGCGAUGCUUGUGUCUGUUGAGGCCUGUGUGGGCUCGACUGCGACGGCCCUCCUGGGCUGUUCCUCUGGCCUGUGGCCUCUUAUGGGUGCUGGCUGCCAUCCUGUCUGCACCCUACCUUCACCUCGCUGUCCUGAAGGAAAUCAAUAAAAAACACCAGUGCCUGGAGAGUGGGACAUUUGAUAUGGGCUUGUUUGUCACAGAAACUAUAGCAGGUUUCAUUUUGCCCCUGCUGGUUUUUCUGGGAAGUAAUCUGGUUGUUUUGUUCACAUUUAAGCAAGCAGUGCCCCCAACACCCACCACCUCCACUCCUUCAAAUGCUCGCAGAAUGACCAGGAUGUACCACGUGCUCUUUUCCACCAUGCUCAUCUUCCUCACCUGCUGGGUGCCCUACUUUGUUUGUCGGUUUCUGCUGGCUCUGGCAUACAAACACCCUGGACUGUCAUUGUAUCAGUCAGCAAGUUAUGGCAAAUACAUCUCUUUGUAUCUGGUGUACAUCAAGAGUGCUCUCAACCCAGUUCUGUAUGUGUUUGCUGCCAGAGGCUUAAGCCGAGCCAUUAAGGAUUCAGUUGCCUCCACUAUUGAACGACUUUUCAAUGACGACUCCAUUGACUCCAUACGAAGGAAAUCACUCAAGAACUCACAGAUGUAGCAGAAAGGUCGACAGUGUUUUGAUGGUUUGGAAUUUUAACUCAGCAUUACUUUGAAAUACCCGAUUUCUCCAUUUGUGCAAACCCCUAAAAAUGAACUGUAGAUAAAAUACAAGGGAAAGGGGUUGCACUUGAUGCCAUUGUUUUUCAAAUGGGCCUAAAAAUCACAGACAAUUAAGAAAUAGAUGGCUGUCUUGAUGUUGUUUUUUUUAUGAGUAGAGAUGUGAUCCCGCUGAGAGAUUUGAAUAUAAAAUACAGUGAUCUUAAUUGGAUUUGUGACUACACACACUUGGUAUUUCUUCAGAGAACAAGUACUUUGUGUAUGGGGAUUUUCUCUGAUGGGGAACCCUUUGCACAAAAGAAAGACAUUUAAAGACAGCAAUCCCAUUAUUUGUCAGGGCAAAAAAAUGCAAAAGAAAGAACAUGCACCUCAUCAAAAAGUGAUUCAGGCCAGAUUUCUUCUUUCAUCUAGAACAAGGAGCUGUUUCUGCUUGGGCAUGCUAAGGGCAGGGUCAUAAUUGGCACCAAAAUGAAUACAUGAUUCAUCUUGUCAAUUCAUCUGUAGGCAACACUCUCAUGGUAAAAUAUAAACCAGAGAUGUCACAACAUCACUUUACUGCCCGUUUCCUGGCUUCAGGGUAACCUUUGUUACAUUGAUUCCUCUAAGAUAACGCAUCAUUAACCUUGCAUGCACGGUCUUAUUAUGGUUACACCCCAAAGAAAGUAACCGAUACUUCAAUUUAUUUCCUGCAUACUGGUGACUGUGGUUCAGGAGGUAGAGCGGAUUGCACACAAAUUAUAGAACUGGUGGCUGGACCAAGUGUCCUUGAACAAGAUGCCGAAUCCAAAGGUUCUCCCAAUGUGAGUGUGAAAAAGUAAAUGAAAAACAGUGUCAAAUGCUACACGUACUGCUGAGGUCGUGCUAGUUGUACCUAAUAACCCACUGAAUGUAUUGCAAGCCCGUAGACUCAUAACACGACAAGUAUGAAGUCAAUGUGUUACAGGCUGUUUAUCUCAUUGCGAAUGUACAGUAUGCAUGACUGGACUUGUUUUUGGUUCACAGCUUUUGUUUAUAGAAGUGUGCUUAGUUUUUCAUUAUUAAAAAUGUAUCAUCUAUGAAAUUGUGAAAUUAUAACCCAUUUAGACCUGAUGUAUUUGACACAUGCAUUAUCCCUCAGGUUAUAAUUGUAUACAGGAUGUAUACUUUCCUUUGAAAGAGCAGUAAGUCUUUACUUCCAUGUACAGUAUUUUUUAAUAAAUUUUUUUUUGUUCUUACAAUGACAACAUAGAAGUUAGAUAUCUGAGCUUUCUUUUCAUCACAAGGCAAAAACAUCCACAUAUGACCAGUCUGUUCAUAUUUAAUUUAAA